AUGUGUUCCUCAUCCGGCAUUCUGCCACCCAUCACCUAUGAGUCACAAUGUAUUCCAGCCUGUCAGCCAUCAUGCUCCUCUUCCUGCAUUCAACAAAACACUGUCCAGGAAGUGCUACCAUGCAUGCCACAAUGCCAAGUGCAGUGUCAGGAGUCAUGUGUGUCUCAGCAAGAAACACCCAUUGCUCCUUGCCUCGAUGCCUGUCAGGAUCAAUGCUCCGAGACCUGCGUUAGUGAACCAGUGCAACCUGUACAACCUGAACCAGUGGCAGAAUGUGUACAAGCUUGUAUGCCGGCAUGUGAACCGACUUGCGUGGCUCAACAGCCCAUCUGCGUACGACAGUGCCAGCAGCAGUGUGUUCAACAGAACAUGCAAUGCCAGCAAUGUCAGUCCGCGUGUCUCACGCAACCGCAACCGCAACCGCAAAUCGUGAAAGUGACAAUGGAGUUGAGCAUUUCCCAAUCCAGCGAUUGCCAAUCACAAUGUCAAUCCAGCUGUACCAGUCAAUGCACUGAACAAGCUGUGUCAUUGUCAUCCUGUCAGCCAGCAUGUGUGCAAAAGUGUGAAGAAACUUGCACCAUUCAGCCAGUGGUGGUCAGCUGUCAAUCGGGCUCAAGCAGUUGCCAAUGCCAAAGCGGGUAUGUUCCUUGCUAUAGGAAGAAGAAAUGCUGCCUUCGUAUACGUAUUUAA